GAGAAGUUAAAGAAAAAAUGAAGGAAACAACAGUGAUCGUAGCAGGUGCUGGUCCCUGUGGAGUUACAAUUUCUGCUUCUUUAAACCUUCAGUCCAUCCCUCACAUAGUUCUCGAAAGAGAUGAUAUUUUCUGUCCAAUGUGGACAAAAUUUUCUUACGAUCGUCUCCACCUUCACUUAGCCAAAGGGUUCUGUGAGCUUGCCCACAUGCCAUUCCCUAAGUCUUACCCAACUUAUGUUCCAAGAAAGCUAUUUGUUCAAUACUUGGAAGAGUACAUGACCCGGUUCAACGUGAAACCAACUUAUAACCGGUCCAUAGAGUCUGCAACAUAUGAUAAAGCUGCCGGAAAAUGGUUCGUCAAGACGAGGAACCCCAAGACGGAUGAGAUUGAAGAGUACUGCUCAAGAUUUUUUGUUGUGGCCACCGGCGAAACCACCGAUCCGUUCGUGCCGGAGAUCAAAGGGAUGGAGACCUUCACAGGCCAAAUCUUGCAUUCCACACAGUACAGGACUGGGAAACCUUUCACCAACAAGAGUGUUUUAGUUGUUGGGUGUGGUAAUUCUGGCAUGGAACUUGCUUAUGAUCUAACACUCUUUAAUGCUAAGACCUCCAUCGUUGUUCGACACCCGAUCUACAUUAUAACCCGGUGGAUGGGUUAUAUAGCGUUAGUGUUGUUCCCACGUUUGCCCUUUGCCUUGGUGGAUGCAUUAGUUGCCCUAAUGAGCAGGUUGUGGUUUGGUGAUAUGAGCAAGUAUGGGAUCGAGAAGCCAACAGAAGGUCCUUAUGAAAGGAAAGAAAAGUAUGGCAGGUUUCCAAUUAUCGACGUCGGCACCGCCGCUAAGAUUAAGUCCGGCGAGAUUCAAGUUUUACCAGGAAUAUCAUGCAUAAAUGGUGAUGAAGUGCUCUUCACAAAUGGCAAGUCCUAUCAUUAUGAUGUGAUUGUAAUGGCUGACGGGAUUCAGAACAUAGGUCAAUAA